CGUCCUCAGUCGUGGCCGUCCUCUGUCGUGGCCGUCCUCAGUCAUGGCCGUCCUCGGUCGUGGCCGUCCUCGGUCGUGGCCGUCCUCAGUCGUGGCCGUCCUCUCUCAGUACAUCCAGACCGACACUGUAGCACUUUAGCUUAGCUCGCUAAGACAGCAGCUGCAGGUGAAUGAAUGUAAUGUCAUCAGGUGUUUUCUGCGAUUGGUUGGUUCAGUAAUUAACUGGAUAACUGAUCAGUAAAUAUUAUUAUUGAUUUUAUCUGCCAAUAUAUCACCAACACUUUUUCUCCUGCAUUGACAUAUUUAGUCGUCGGUCUAUCAGGAGCUGCUGGUUCUGUGUGGCUGGUUGUCGACCAUGGUUGUCAUGGCAACGGCCACACAAACAGCAACAGCUGUGGGUCAUCCAGGAAGUUCAAGAGCUGAGAAACAGAUGUUUAUGUUCCAGUUUACAAACAUUCUGGUUGUUUACAAACAUUCCGGUUGUUUACAAACAUCCCGGUUGUUUACAAACAUUCUGGUUGUUUUUCUGCAGAUAAUCAAACCGAUUGAUUCUUGAUAGCUUCCGCCUCACUAGGAGCAGAAUGUGACCUCUGACCUUAUCAUGUUUCCAUCCGUUUGAAUCCGGUCUGCCUGACUGUGGCUGUGUGUUGACCUCUGACCUGAAGCUCUGGGAGCUGCCCAGCUUUGUCCUCCUCCUCCUCUUCCUCGCUGCCCCGCCCCUGAUGCGGGACAGGCUGUCGUCAUGGCAACCGGGUAAACAGACGAUAACAAGCGCCUCGGAGCGCGCCUUGGACCAGAGGACAGACGGAGACAGACGCAGGAGGACGUGAGACAUCAAGGAGCUCAGCAGUCAUCUCAUCAUGGCGGUCAGUUCGGACGUGGAGCCGCUCUUUGUGGCCUUCAAGAAGUUCUCCAUCUACGGAGACCCGAAGGCGAGCGGCAGGGAGCUGACCGGGAAGGCCUGGGCCAAGUUGUGCAAGGACUGCCAGGUCAUCGAUGGGAAGAGCGUCACCGGGACCGACGUGGACAUCGUCUUCUCCAAAGUGAAACAGAGGUCGGCUCGAGUCAUCACGUACAAGGAGUUCCAGCAGGCGCUGGAAGAACUGGCUCCCAAGAGGUUCAAAGGUCAAACUAAACAGGCAGCGCUGCAGUCCAUUCACAAGCUGGUGGAGGGCCAAGAGCCGACCAACGUCGGCGUGACGAAAGUGGCGAAGACGGCAACGGUGGACCGUCUGACUGACACGUCCCGCUACACCGGCUCCCACAAGGAGCGCUUCGACGACAGCGGCCGGGGCAAAGGUCGCGAAGGCCGCGAAGACCUGGUGGAGCACACGGGCUACGUGAACGCGUACAAGGACGCCGGAACGUAUGACAGCAAGCUGAAGGACGCUGACAAGUGAGGCGACGCCCCCUGCUGGAAGCUCAGAGGAAGUUCUCUGGGACUGGACCAAACCCUGCAUGGAGGGAGCUGGACAGACCUCCAGGAAUUCAUAUUAAUUAAUAUAUGUAUUAAUUAAUAAACAACAUUUAGAGCUUCUAGCUUCACGAUGUCUCCCUCCUGUAAUAAACGUCUCAUUUAAUGGA